UUAAUGUCAAAAUGUUAAACAUGGCUGCUAAGUUUUCGUCAUGUUUUAGUGUCGUAUUUUAUGUGAAUAUUACAAAUGAAAGUCGAAAUGGACAUAUUAAUUAGUUAAUUUAAAUUGUUGAUAAGUAUCCAAUAUAGUAACAAAGUUUUUGCGCUGUGGUAAAAUCCAAAAAUCAACAUGUCGUUAGACAAGGCUACAGAAAUAAAAGGCAAUGAGAUCGAUAAAAGCAAACGUCGUCAUAAAACUGACGACACUGUUAUUGCAACAGGGACAAUGAACGGUAUCGAAGAUACACUGCAAUUCACGAAGAUGGAAAACGAUAGUUCGGGAAAACCCACAGAAUUAUGCUUGCAAGCCAAUUCUCAUUUAAUAUCUAGCACAACUAGCAGUUUGGCCGACACUCCAGGGGACAGUGGCGUCUUGUGUUUAGAUAGUGAAGCAUCAGAAGGAACGAGCCAAGCUCUUAUGUCGCAUAGUUUGAUCGGCGCUGAAGAAUUAGCAUGUGAUAGUCAAUAUGAUGCACCACCCUCAUGUUCACAAGACAUGAUCAAAAGUACUUCUAGUAGUGUUAUGACUCGUAGCGACAUAGACAACCAAAACAUUGGAAUUCCCGAUGACAUAGUCCCAGAAUUACUUGUGGAAACACAUAUAAAACCAAAUAUAUAUGAAAAUUUGCCAGAUGUUGUCUUAAAAGCUUUAGAAAGUGAAAAAGUUAGUACUGAUGAAAUGAGAAAGCCUGCAUUAAGGACCUCUGAACCUAAAAAAUCUUUGUCUGAAGAUAUAGUGUAUAGACGGAGAUGUAGGAAAAAGUCACAAAGUGGACCAAGCUCACAGAAAAAAAGGGUUUCAUUCCAUGAGGAUAUAUUGAAUAAUACAAAAACAGACAAUAUUCACAUAGAACGGGGGUUCAUCUCAUAUGGACCUGACAGUUCAUACUGUAAUAGAUUUAGGCAAAAGAACAAUAUUAUGACUGAUAGAUUUUCAUGGUGUGCAUCAGGGGAUCAAACACCAAAGUAUGCUGCAGAUGUUGCACAACAAACAAUGUCAGACAUUCUCACCUAUGGGAAUUCUAAAAAUGAUAGGAGUGGAAUUUUUGAAUACUGUCAGGAUUAUGAUCAAGACAAUCAGGAUAAUAUGGAUAAAGAUAACAAUAAUGAGACAAAACCAAAUGGUAAAUUGUAUGGGUGUGACUCAAACAGCUCAGAUUCUAAUUUUAGCUGUGACUCUGAGACAUCUUCAAGUGACUCAUCAUCUUCUCGUUCAAAUUCAAACAAAACUGAGACAUCACCAUUACAUAGAAAGUGUGAUAAAGCACAGAAAUCUUAUUCUUGUGAUGGUUUUGAGAACAAUGGUCAUGUAGCUUUUAUGAGGAAGACAUAUUUUUCUGAGGCUGAUAUUGAUCAGACACAUGACCGAUUCAAAAAGCCUCUUGAGGUAUCCCAAAGUCCCAAUACUGUAAAGUCUGUAUUAAAAAAGAAACGCUACAUUACAACAAAUGUUGUGGAAGAGUGGAAGAAAAAUAAUAAAGUCUUGAAGUUGUUAGAUGCAAACAAUAUAAUAGAUUCUUUGAAGAAUUUUUAUAAAAACUUUGACUUUAAAUUAACACCAGAAAAAGGUUUACCAGAAACUAGUUUAGAAUUUAACAAUGUUGUUGAAGCACUACCAUGUGAUGUUAAUCAGAACAAAAAGCUAUCCAAAAGUUUAGAUUCUGGUUUUCAAAUUGAUGAUGAAGAUGAUUUUGUGGAAAUAAACCUUAACGGACAGCCUAUGUCAUCUGAUAAGCCUAAAGAGAUAGCAGCUGCAUCAAAAAAUUCUGUUGCAGGUGAUAGAACACCCAAUGAAGGAUCUCCACGUCACAAACUAACUCUGAAUAUGAAAAAUCAACUAGACAAAAAACCAAUAAAUAAAGAGGAUGCAUUCCCACCAUUGAAUAAAUAUGUUGUUAAUUGUGAAAGUACUGUUUAUGAACAUAAAGGGGUAUCCUACAGUUAUGUACAUGAUACUUUCCAGACAGCAUUUGAUGCACCAAAAGAGACUUUUGUGCCCAUACCAGAAUCUACACCAGUUAAAGAAUUGACCACAAGUACCAGUAAACCCGAUUUAAAUCAGAAACACGUUGAUAUAGAAACAUCAAGCAAGGCCUCAACUCCUAAACGACAGUUCAACAAAAAUGUCCAAGAAGAAACUGAACAGAAAAAUGGUAUUUCAAAACAUUUAUCCUCACCUAAAAAGCAAAAUGUUAACAGAUACAGCCGAAAGUCAGCAUCUACCUUGCAGAAAAUUGGUGAUGAACCUCCACCAGUAAAUAGUGAUAAUUGCUCAAACACUGAUAACUCCACAUUGAAGGGAGCUGAUGAUUUUAAUGAUGAAUACUUUGAUAGUCCUGCUAACCAGAAACUGCAAACAAAUAAAUCUGCUUUAUUAAACAGAUAUCUGAAGAAUGUCUGCCAAAGAAAAGAUCUUGAACUGAAAAUUAAGAACAAUAAAUUUUUCCAAUUUAAACUUCGAAUGGAAAAAGAGUUUCCCAGUAUCAUAUUUCCAUUUAAAGAUGUAUCUGACACAUUCCACAUAUCUGCUGAGAAAAUGUCACGCCUCAUAGAUAAAGAAGUUAUUGAAAACAAGAGGUUAUCAGUGAGGCUUCUGACUGCAGAUGAGCCAUCAUAUUUUGAUAGCUUUGAAGACAAUGUGGCAAUGGAAUGUAAUGAAAAACUUAGGUUGCAGAUAUUUUCAUAUCCAAUGGAAACUUUGAAUAGGAUGAUGAAAGUACAAUCUCCCUACAAUAUGGAGGAUGGCUCAUGGGUCCCAUUACUAGUUUUCAUUACUGACUAUGCACUGUAUGUAGCCAGUGUCAAACAUGGAGGCACUGAGUAUGAAAUGUUAUGCCGGUUACCUCAUAAUGAGUUGGAUGCUAUUGCUGUGGGUCCAGAGGCUCAAUACAUUCAAGUUAUAGAUAUAGCUGGCAACAUUGCAUGUUCAGUUAUAACUGGAGAGUCUUUCCUGGGCGCCAGGCUAGCUUCUUCGUUAGAAUGGAGCGCACGGACAUCACCACUUCGUAUCUCUCGGCCGCCAGCCAUGCUGCCUUCGAGUUGUCGACAGCUGGCAGCCUCUGUUGCAAGACAACGGCAUGAAACACGCAUGCCGCGCAUAUUAUUUUACGGGCGCGCAUGUUCGGGCGACGCUGGGGAUAGACUUAUCGAAGCGCCGGGUGCCUUUGCACCGCCCCUUGAAGGAUACCUUAUGUGCCGGACAGACAAAAGCCGCAGAUUCGAACCUUGCUACUUUUUAUUAAGAGCCGGCGUUUUACACUGGGGCCCACACUGCUCCGACGGUACAACGCCCCUCCCCAACAACAUAGCCCUCCGUUCCGUGGUCGGAGUCCGCCGUCACUUGGAUUCGACGCGGCGGCCGCACUGCUUCGAGAUCGCACUCGACAAUACGAGGUUAACGCUCGCAGCGCCUGACGACCCUACCGCUUCGUCGUGGCUCCAGUCGCUGUUGUUACAUGCCGCUCAGGCACUGGAAGAAAAAGAUGGCGCGAAAAAGGUGGACAGUCGCGCUGGGGGCCCGCCGCCGGCUUGUACAGUGCUAGUGACGCCGCACGAGGUCAUAAGUCUUCGAGACACCCUCGACCUGGCAUUUGUUGAUGGAGCGGCCGCCUAUCUUAAGGAGAGAGGGUCAGAGGCGUUAUUAAAAGAAUAUAUAGAAGAAAUGAGAAGUGAUAUUGAGAUACUAGCAUGCGGUUCCAUAAAGAAUCUCACCGCAUUUAAAAUACCGGACACUGACGAGAAUUGGUGCUGUUUAGAGUGGAGCGUAUGCGAGGCGCGUGAACGUGGCGCCGGGUUGGCGCUACUGCUGGCCAGCGGGGCGGAGCUCGAGCGGUUCAUUGCCGCUGUCGAACACGCCUUCUGCGCACUCACGAGCGAACCUUUUCCCUUGAGCGUAGUGGAUGCGACCAAAUCUGCAUGUAGCGCCGCCAACGCAAAAUACGAGGCGGCCUGGUCACAUAUGUUACCAUCUCAGCAGUAAUUGUAGUCAUAUUGAAUAAAUAUAUUAACGCUGACUUCCAUCCAAGCGUUAUGUAGAACGGGUUGCUACUGUGACAACGUGUAAUUAAACUUAAGUACAUAAUAACUAAUGCAAUUAUAUCAACAUAAUAUGACAACUGUAAUGACAUAAGUGUGUUUUCAAUUUAUGUACAUAAUGAUUGUUUCUGUGUACGCUGUCGAAAACAAGAGUCCGUACCGCGCAUGCGUCGGUAACAGCGCAUGCGUUGGUUACAUAGCGCAUGCGCUAAUAUAUACUGUAUUUGACAGUCCUCAAUAUGUAUAGUACGAAAAUUUCAUUAUUUUUUUUUGUAGUUAGUACACUGAUAAAUUUAAUCAAAGUUAUAUAUUGCGGUAUAAUAAUUCGCAAUUGAAAUGAAAAAUAAAACACGUACCACAGAUUCUAAUGCGUGCGCUAUUGCUAACGCGCACGCCACUUAAACACCGUGCAUGUGUUCUCGAGUGUUUUAAUCAAUGAAAUCAAUUUUUUUAUGCCAAACAGUCUUGCCACAAUGAUAUUUAAUAGAUAUAUAUAUUAUUAUAUUUCUGCAAAUACUAAUUUUUUGUUCAUAUGUUGUGUUCAAAUAUUAGUUCUGAUAUUAUACGUACUUAAUAUUGUUACUUAUAGAUAAACUGAAUUCUAUGUUUAUGUAGAAUAACUAAAUAUUUAGAUAAAUUUCUUUACAGACAAUCAAUUCAAGCAGAACGUUGAAAUAAUUGCAUUGGAAACAAUUAAAUGCUUACUUAUUCUAGUGUAAUUAUCAGCUGUAUUUAAAGAAAGCUGUAUUGGAUAGCAAGGUUAAUUAAAUUGAUCGUAUUAUGGUAUUUUCUGUUUAUGUACAGUUGCUUAUGGUAAAGAAAAAAUAAUUCCUCUGGAUAAUUAGCAGGUAAAUCUGCCGAUAGAUACACUUUCCUUACCGCAUGCACGAGAUAGAACGAUAUAAAAACGCACUGCGCCUUGUUCUUUUUCAUGCGUACUGUAACAAAACUUUAUAUAGCAAUAAAUUCGUUUGACUCCCGUCUAUAGAGAAGUGUUGUUUACACCUUUGAUUUAAUACCGUAAAUUUAUCUUUAAUCGAUUAAUUUCUUUAAUCUUGCAGCUGUAUUCAUCUUGAAAGCGUAUGACAGAUGUCAUAGCACAACUUAGUUAAAUUAUACAUUAAUCAAAACAAUAAUUAUGCUUCCUCACUUGUAGUUAACACGUGGGUGAACCGCAGUGUAGACUUAAAUCUGUUAGAUGUAGAUUAGAUAUUUCAUAGUUUAAUACUCAAUCUUCGCUUAUACUUUGACCCUAUUAUUGCUUCAUGUUGAUGUAUUUUAAUGUAACGUUGUAUACAAAUUCUAAUAAUGAUUAUUGUAAUAAUUAUAUUUAAUAAUGCCAUUUGAUAAUAUGAAAUUUCCAAUUAUUAUUUUUAUAUGUUGAAUUAAUAUUAUUGUAAAUGUAUGUAUGUGUCAGAAGAAAAUAAUAAUUUGUAUAUAAAUUGUUUAGAUGGAGUCUUUUUAAAAUCAAAUUAUAUUUUAUCAAGUUAUAUGUAUUUGUAUCGUCGUAUUGUAAUGAUGUAGUGCUCUGAACGUUUUCUUUAUGGGAACAGUCACGGUGCGUGCUUAUAGGAAGGUCGCGCUAUUCUGAAACUUGACGUGAUACAAAAAAAAAAUACUUCUAUAUUUUGUAUCGAUUUAUGAUAAAUCAAUAAUAUGAUUUAUCGAAAUUACAGAAUUUAGAAUUCAAAUAUGAAAUGAAUUAAAAAAAAAUCGAUCAAGUUUCACAGAAUAAGGCUGAGAUGUAAAAGCAGAGUAGAUUUUGUACAUGAAAAUUUGAAAUGUUUACAAUACGAACCUUUUGUAGCUUUAUUGUUGUUAAAGCUAAUUUUAAUGGUUUCGUUUUAUUUUGAAAUUGUCAAUACAUUGAUUUUAAUUGACGGUGUCUCAAUGUGGCAUUCUAGUGGAAUUCUUUGGCGCUUAUAUUUUUUAAUGUUUUAUUCAAACGGUUGUCUCUAUAUGUAAUUUAGCUGUAACCAAAUAUAUCAAUGUACGAUAUCAUUGCAUAUUAUGUAAGGCCAUUGUAAGGGCCGUGUGAUAUUAAUGUAUAUUUAGGGUAGGUUUUAGUAGUUCAUUGACCGUAACUGAGAAAUAUAAUGAUACCAGAAAACAAUUGUUAUAAUAUCGUCAAAUAAUAAUUAUCGCUGGCGAACAAAA